UUUCCACAGCGCGAUCGAAACUGUGGUGGAAAGAUGCACCGCGUGCCUGGGAACCUUCUUCGUCGGCCAUCAUGGCACGCUGUGUCUCGUCGCACCUUUAGCGCUGUCGAUACGUCCAGCACUCUCGAGCGCAUUUGCAUUGUCGGAGCAGGGCCUGCGGGUUUCUACACUGCCAAGUACCUCCUGCACGACCAUCCCACCGUCCACAUCGACAUGUUUGAGGCGCUUCCCACCCCCUACGGUCUUGUUCGCUCUGGCGUGGCUCCCGAUCACCCCGAGGUCAAGAAUGUCAUGCACGACUUUGAAAAAGUUGCCACCGAUCCUCGCUUCUCCUUCUUUGGAAACGUGGACAUUGGCAACGAUAUAACCGUGUCAGAGCUUCAAAAGCAUUACAACGCCAUUGUCAUCGCAGCAGGGGCGUCCGACGAUCGCAAGCUCGACAUUCCAGGCGAAGACGAGCUGACUGGUGUCCUCGCAGCUCGGUCGUUCGUGAAUUGGUACAACGGCCACCCGUCGUUCCGCAACUUGCAUGUGCCUAUGGAUUGCGACACUGCCGUCGUGGUCGGCCAGGGCAACGUUGCAGUCGAUUGCGCGCGCAUUCUGACGAAAAACCCCGAGGAAUUGGCAACCACAGACAUUUCCCAACACGCACUGGAUGCACUAGCAAACAGCGGUAUUAAGAACGUCUAUUUGGUCGGCCGUCGAGGUGUCGCCCAGGCAGCAUUCACCAUGAAAGAGCUUCGGGAAAUCACAAAGCUGCCUCACGCCGACUGCAUCGUCGACCCGAACGAGCUCGAACAAAGCGUGAAUGCGAGUUCAGCCGAGGAGCUCAAAACAUUGCGUCCCCAACGGCGCAUCCACGAACUCCUGACCACGGUGGCGUCGAAGCCAGCAUCGUCCAACCGUAGUGCCAUACGAAUUCGCUUCCUCCUCUCGCCAGUCGAGCUCUUGCCUAGCGCCAAGGACCCCAACCGAGUUGGCGCGAUCAAGGUGGAGAAGAAUGUUCUGGAUGGUGCGCCCUUCCACCAGCGAGCGGUUGGGUCUGGGGAAUUCGAAACCAUCCCGUGCGGGCUCGUGCUACGAAGCAUCGGGUAUAAAUCGAUGCCGUUUGCGGGGGUGCCAUUCGAUGGGAAGCGCAAUGUCAUUCCGAAUGUGGCCGGCCGCGUCACGACUUCGGCCCACACCAACGCUCCUGUCGUCCCCGGACUCUAUUGCGCCGGAUGGAUCAAGCGAGGGCCGUCUGGAAUCAUCGGCACUAAUAUCAAUUGUGCCAGAGAGACGGUCGCUAGCGUGUUGAGCGAUGCGGGAUCGUUGCCUCGCGUGUCAUUGAAACCCAUUGCAGACCUGCGCGCCAAGCUCACGGCGUCGGGGCGGCCGAUCGUGGACUGGAACAUGUACCAGCGCGUCGAAGCCGCCGAAGUCGCGGCUGGUGCAGCUCGAGGAAAGCCCCGGGAGAAACUCACGUCCAUUGAUGCUAUGCUCGCCCUCGUCACACAAAGCGCCUAGACGACAUGCACGCAACCACCCGAAAACUCACAAUUCCGUCCUGCAAACCCAAAAAGGGCGUACGCGUGAGUGUUAUUAAAAACGAUCAAUGAAGCACUGGAGGUCGCGGUCGAAAGGUCAUGUCGCCAUCCAGUCACGGGUGAAAUGUCCGUAGUUUGUCGGCUAGUACAGGCGAAACGUGCUUCGGCGACGAGGAAAAAGGCUCGACGACGUUCGGCGGCCCUUGGCGAUGUGCUGCAGCAACCUCUGGCGCAACUGCAACAAGGUCGACGACGAGGUCGCUUGGUUCUGGUUGCUCACGACGCAGUCGACGAUGUCGGGUGUGAGGCGGAAGAAUGCGGCUUUUGCGUCGCCACGGGCGUACGCAUCGUGUAGGUACGCGUGGAGCGGAACAAAGAGAGAACUGAGUUGACGUGCAUGCAACCACGCGUCCAAGUCGGCUGGCGUCCAGUCUGCAUUUUGAUUCACGACAGGUUGGCUUCCUGGAGCUGCGUGGGGACCAUGGGGUCUCUUGGCAGUCUCUGCAGUCUCGGGUACCUCGGAAGCGGCGGGCUGGCGGAGUUGCUGCGCUUUCACGGGGGACAAUUUGACUUGGUUGUUCCAGUUGUCUUCGAUCGGGCCAUCCAUACCGUGUUGUUGAUUGAGUUCACGACAAGCGGCGUCCACGUGGUGCGAUGGUUUGUUUGCUCGACGGUAGAGCUCAACGUGGUCUUGGACGGUCGCCAUGACGUCGAUGACCUUGAGAAUGUCUUGGAAGGUGUGGAGGAGAUUGUCGCGGGCACUUUGCGUUGGCAUGGCGAUCGUGACGACGUCUCCCGCAAACGAUUCAAACGAGAGGUAAAACUGCGGGGGGGUCCUGGGCGUUGACGAGGCUACGUCAGAGGUAGGACCGUCGUCGGCACGGACAGCGUGGAGAUGGGCCAAGUGCAUGCCAUGCACAGCCGACCCAAAUACUUUCUUCUUGCCAAAGCACAAGUGCAAGUUGGACGGGUGGAGCCACAACAUGACGAGCUGGGACGCUCCAUGCGGGGACUGGAGCUCCACUACGGGCACGCCCUACUCAAUGCCAUCGAGUACCACCUCUCGAGAAUGCGGACUACCUUGAGCACGAGCGAACGACGAGCACACGGUUUUGGUCUCGCCGUCGCUCGUGAGAGCGUCAUGGUCCUCAACGAGACUUCGGGCAAGCGCAGCACACGCGUCUUCCCGACUCUUGAGCGAGCUCACUAACAUGCCGAUUUGCACAGGGAUGGCGGAC